AUGUUAUCAAGAAAAAAGAAUGUUAGAGUUUAUGAUUUAGUAAUAAAGAAGUUCAUCAAAAAGCUUGAAGCUGGAGUUCGUGAAGUCUCUUCUAUCUCCAUUCAUCCUGGUGGUGAUAAUGUUAUUGUGGGAAGUAAAGAUGGAAAGUUAUGUUGGUUUGACAUGGAUCUUUCUUCAAAACCUUACAAAGUUCUCAGAUCUCACAAUAAAGACAUAACAAAUGUGGCUUUCCAUAGCAACUACCCUUUGUUUGCAUCUUGUUCAGAUGAUUCCACGGCAUAUGUUUUCCAUGGCAUGGUCUAUUCAGAUCUGAAUCAGAAUCCUCUUAUUGUUCCUUUGGAGAUAUAUGCCCUCUUUUUAUAG